AUGGACAACGAGAAGUGGAUGGAAUUUGAUUUGAGAGCUUUGAGUACAAUUUGCAUGUCUUUGGCUAAGAAUAUUCUUGCAAAUGUUCUUGGUAUGUCGUCAGGCAAAGAGCUUUGGGAGAAACUUGAAGGGCUAUAUUUAGGAAAUGAUAUAUCAAAUCGUUUAUUAUUGAAGGAUCAGUUUCAUAACUUGCAUGUGGAUGAGCAUACGAAAGUAUCUAAUCAUCUAAGUGUUCUAAAUGGUAUUGUUUACGAAUUAGAAACUAUUGGAGUCAAGAUUAAUGAUGAAGAUAAAGCUUUGAGACUCAUAUGGUCUCUUCCUUCUUCCUAUGAGCAUAUUAUACCUAUUUUAAUAUAUGGGAAGGAAAAUUUGAACUUUGAAGAAGUUGUUAGUAAGAUUAUUUCUGAAGAAAGAAGAUUGAAGGGUGAGGAAAAUACUUCAUCCAACUCAGUGUUGGUUACUAGAGGAAGGUCGUAUGUGAAGAAAAAUAAUGAAGCGAGUGUGAGAUGUUGGUAA